UCCAACUGCUUGCUCAGAACCAUUUCUGCACCAACCAUGGCCAACUUCGUGGAGCUCAGUACCAAAGCUAAGAUGCCCAUUGUGGGCCUGGGCACCUGGCAGUCUCCUCCAGGCAAAGUCAAAGAAGCCGUGAAGGUGGCCAUUGAUGCAGGAUACCGCCACAUCGACUGUGCCUAUGUCUAUAAGAAUGAGAAUGAGGUGGGAGAAGCCAUCCAAGAGAAGAUCCAAGAGAAGGUGGUGAAGAGGGAGGACCUAUUCAUUGUUAGCAAGCUGUGGUCUACCUUCUUUGAGAGGAGCCUGGUGAAGGAAGCCUUUCAGAAGACACUAGAGGAUCUGAAGCUAGACUAUUUGGACCUCUAUCUUAUUCACUUUCCACAAGGGCUGAAGGCUGGGUCCGAAUUCCUUCCCAGAGAUGAUAAAGGCAAUAUCCUCACCAGUAAGACAACAUUCCUCGAGGCCUGGGAGGUCAUGGAAGAGCUGGUAGAUGAGGGGCUGGUGAAAGCCCUUGGUGUUUCCAACUUCAAUCACUUCCAGAUUGAGCGGGUCCUGAACAAACCUGGACUGAAAUAUAAACCAGUGAUGAAUCAGGUUGAGUGUCACCCAUACCUCACCCAAGACAAACUGAUCCAGUACUGCCUCUCCAAGGGCAUCAGUAUCACAGCUUACAGCCCCCUGGGAUCUCCAGAGAGACCUUGGGCCAAGCCAGAAGAGCCUUCAUUACUGGAGGAUCCCAAGAUAAAGGAGAUUGCUGCAAAGCACAGUAAAACCCCAGCCCAGGUUCUGAUUCGCUUCCAUAUCCAAAGGAAUGUGGUAGUGAUCCCCAAGUCUGUAACACCAGCACGCAUCAUUGAGAACUUUCAGGUCUUUGACUUCACGUUGAGUGAUGAGGAGAUAACCACCAUCCUCAGCUUCAACAGAAAUUGGAGGGCCUUUGACCUACCUGAGUAA